AUGGUCUUCUGCUUUUGGAAGUCGGGAUCAAAGAGUACUGGAGAAAUUCGCAUUGGCAUAGAUCUCGGUACCACCUACACUGGCGUAGCCUUCUCUUUCAAGGGCUUGUCAAACAGGGCACAAGUGAUUGAUGACUGGCCCGGUAGCGAAGAACCUAAGUCCAAAGUGCCUAGCACCAUCGCCUAUCAGGGUAAGAAGAUCUCUUGGGGCUACGAAACUGCUUCUCUAGACGAGGAGAAUGUGGUCCGCGCGAUCAAGCUCCUCCUCGAUAGCGAGCAUGACACAGACUACGAGCCUGCGGUGGAAACUAAGCUCCUGCUCAAGGGGCUGAGUAAGAAGCCUGUCGACGUGGCUGCUGAUUACCUGAAGGCGCUCGUCAAGUAUGCCCAGUCGGCGACACUGGGAAGGCUCGGUAAGGCGGCGAAGAAGAUGGAUAUGAAGUAUUGUUUCACCAUGCCUCCUCAUUGGCCGAGUCCAGCAGUUGCUGCCUUGAAGCAAGCAAUUAUCAAGGCUGGGAUUAACAAAAGGACGAAUGGAAUCGUGCUCACGAGGAUAGGCGAAUCUUUCGGAUCAGAAAUGCUAGACGAUCUCUUCAAAGCUCUCCUGAUCAAGCUUUUUGGGUAUGAAGUCUACUCCGGACUUCCGUCAGAUACUCGUAAGGCAGCAAUGCGCCACUGGCGAGACAUCAUCAAGCCAAGCUUCGGACAGAGUGAUGGCAAUGACUCGACAUAUCUGGUGCCAAUGCCCGGUGUCAAAGAUGAUCCCUCUUUUGGGGUCAAAGACGGUUAUUUGUCGAUAGAGAGAUCUCAGGUUCAGGGCAUCUUUGAUCCCGUGAUCGAGAAGGUCAAGAACCUGGUCGCUACCCAGAUUAGCAAGUCGAAAGCCCUGGAGCGAAAGAUCCAGGUUAUCGCUUUGGUCGGCGGGUUCGGUUCGUCUAAAUACCUGUUCCACGAGCUGAAGGCGGCAUAUCCGCGGCUCCAGAUCAUGCAACAAGACAAUGCCUGGGCUUCUGCUGCACGUGGAGCUGCUCUGACUGGACUUCGUAAUGAGUUUGACAAGGCCCGAAUUGCAACCCGUAGCUAUGGAAUUCUAUAUACAACGCGUUAUGACCCCUUGAAACAUCAAGGAGAAAAGGUGUACUGGGACGAUCUUGACGAAAGAUGGAAGGUCCCUGACCGAAUGCGGUGGUUUAUCAAAAAGGGCGAUGUCAUAAGACCAAACAAGCGGAUUGAACAUCGGUUCCAACGCAUCUUCAACAAAAAUUCAAAAAUGUCAGGAAAUGACAAUAUCUAUGUCUGUGACAAAGAUACGCCACCAGAGAAAUAUAAUGGAAACGAUGUCAAGAAGCUUUGCAAACAGAGGUGGAACUUUAGUUCUAUUCCGAAGUCGGAACUUGACAAGGCCACGAACUCCCAAGGUGUCCGGUACUAUAAGGUGCAUUAUGAUAUCGUCAUGAUUCCAGGCUGUGCCACCUUAAUGGUUGAUGAUGAAAUUGACGGGCGGUCUUAUGGAAAGAUUUACACUGAUUUUUAG